GCGCGUCGCCGGCGGGCAGGGAGGGAGGGAAGGAAGGAGCGAGCACCGGGCCGGGGCUGCCGCCUCAGCCUCCUCCUCCCACGUGAAGGGCCGUCGCCGCCCCGGCGAGCGCCGCGGCCGGCCGAGGAGCCCAGCUGCCCCGCAGCGCGGGGGCUUCCCCUCCGCCUUCCACUCUCUGGGCCCGAACCGAGCCGCUUGCGGGGCGCCGCUUCCCCGCUCCCGCCGCUUCUGGGAGGCGGCUGGCGCCGCGGCGCUGCCCUCCCCCGUGAAUCCUCCUCACGGGGUGGGCGUGAGGAGCGGGGGCUGCGGCGGCCCCCCGCUCCCGGGCGUCCCAGCCCCGCCGGCGGUGGAUGCGCCCGGGAGGAGCCGCCGAGCCCGCCCAGCCCUUUUCAGGGACGCGGGGAGCCGGGAUGACUUGACGCCGGGCCCGCGGCGUGCCGUGCCGUGCCAUGGAAGGGAUGACACGCUUCGUAGUGGCCUCGGCGGCCGCGGCGCGCUGGCGGCCGGCGCUGCCCGCUCUGCUGCCGCUGCUGCUCGCCGUGCCGGCGCUGCGGGGCUCGCCCGCCGCAGAUGAGAGAUCCUUGGAGCAGCAAAAUUUUUCCUUUUUCUCAAUGGACUCAAAGAUGCACCAAAGCAUAUCAGGCAGCAGGACACAAAUGGCCUUAGCAAAAAGUACUUCGGAGUCCCAAGAAGGUAAUUUCCUUCAAACAGUUGUAUCAUCAGUUACUGCUCCCUUUGAUGGGACUUUAUUUAAACAAGAAGAAAUGGUCAGGAUUUCAGAAGGGAGAAGUACACCGUUGGUAGAUGUCUCCGUAACAAGCAACGAGGCGUUCUUAAGUGACGAUGAAUUUAUUAGCUCAUUUCCAAAGGCACAGUGGACUCCUCCACUAAAGUCUUUUGCAGUUUUAACAGAUCAUCACUCAGUUAAUACAGUAGAGCCAUCAAGAGAAACGUUAGAAACUGUAUUGCUAACACCUUCAUUACCUGUCCUUUUUUCACCAUACGAUAUCUCAAAAACAGCACAGCAAAAGACUCUGUUGAGUGCUGUCCCUGAAGACAGGAACACUCUUACAGAAUUGAAGCCUUUUGUACCAGAUAGUGAAAUGCUAACUGCUAGCAGAGACUUGCUGUUGCACCCUCCAAAUACAGAUAUUUAUUUCACUUCCAUUCCUUCAGAGGCGGGAGUUGCAGUGUGGGAAAACAUAAAUGCAAGUUUAACAGCUCUGCCUUUUGGGGCCGUUUCAGAAGAGUCACCUCUUCAUCUCAAGCUACUGGAUAGGAAUAGCCGUGUGACCCCAGAUACCACAGCACAGCGUGCAGACCCGUAUAAUGACAUUUACGCCUAUGCGAGUAGCAGGGCAGCAGAAACUCUCAGUCUAAGGACCUACCCCACUCCAAGCAUUCCCUGGGCCACAUCGGCUUCAGCAGCCAGCGCUGAGCCUGCUUUGUUUCCUAUUAGUCUUCCACUUGCGUCUUUCCCACUUCACUCAGCUGCCAUUUCCACGGACUCUAAUACAGUUCUUAAUGCCAGCCUGUUUACACGUGAACUCUCCAGUGCAACACCAAAUUUGCCUGCCGGGUCAGAAAUAUCAAGUCAAUCAGAGCUUGUUAGUGAGCUCAUGAGUCCAGUGCCUUUCGCCGGAUCAUACAGUUCUUGUCUGUAUUGUGACUCAGUUUCACUUCUGCCAGAAGCAGGCUUUUCCCCGGAACAUGACGUGGGCUCAGGCGAUUAUGUUGAAACUUUGUCCAUCAAAGCCUCUGAAGUACUAGGCAUAACUCCAUUUACAACUAUAAUUACUGACGGGUAUGAAUUAGAGGAGCCUACACCUGAGAUUUUUGAUACUUCUUUUCCAUCAAGACCAAUUGUUUCAUUUUCUUCAAGAUUCACAGAAAUGCCCGAUUCAAGCAUGUUUUUAUUAAGCACUAUGGACGCUGUUCUUAACAACGGAACACCUAUAACAAUUUCUCCUUCUGACUAUCAGCUCCCUGGAGGAACAUCACUGAACAUCUCCGUUGCCCAGUUUUCCUACCCUGUUCUGGAAACAGUUUUGUUGACACCAAGCAGUCGUGUAGAACUUCCUGAUGCCACCACCAUUCUGUUUGACUCUACCUUCAUGCCGAGUGAGCCGGUAGCAUCGUUUGCAGUCAGUCGUACGACUUUCCUGGAGUUGCCAGAAUUAACGCCAUCAGAAUCUGUGGUUUUGCUUGACAAAACAUCUACAAAGGAAGAACCGUCUUUAAAUGUUUCAGAUUUUCCAUCCAAGCUUUUAUCAAUGCCAUUUCUUAUUGAAUCUAGCUACUUGUCUUCAUCAUCGGCCAUGCUAAAUUCUUACUCUGUCGUGCAAGGUGAUAUAUCAACACUCUUACCUCUGACCUUAUUGACUGGGACAUCAGUACCUUCCGGGGAUGUUUCCAGCUGGGAGUUAGCUACCACUGUCAGCUCUGCCAUUGAUGCCGAGGUUUCUCAGUUCCCUAUCGGCCAAACAUCAUACUUUUAUUCAGAUGCAUUCUCUGUUCCAGGUGCACAAGUUCCUGAAAUAACGCUGUCAACAGAUUUUCAUUCAGAGUCAUCUGUGUUUCUGGAAGCACCCUCAGUAUUGCCAGCGGGCUCUGAAGUUGUGUUUACCUCAGCUGUUACAGGAGCUACCUCUCAGUUGGAGCCGUCACUCUCCGCCUCUCACUCCGUGGUUCCUACCCUGGUGCUGCCCACUUCCGACGCCCAGUCUGUUACCAGCAGCGUCUUGCUCAAUGAAACAAAUCUGAUCUCUUUGUUUACUACCUUUCCGGUGACUCCUGUCUUAAAUAUAUCUUCAUCUCUGCUCUCAACUGCUCUGGCUUCUGAUGAGGAUAUUGGUGCUACAGUUAACCCCACGCUGCUUCUGAUGUCUCGCAGCGAGGGCAGUGCCCACACAACCCUUCCUCCCGCAGACCCUGACAACCUGGUGUCACAUGCUGACACCAGCAGCGUGAUGCCCUCUCCUACAGCAUCUCUGUCUGUGACCACAUCGUUUGCUCCCACGCAGUUUCCUCCGACUUCCAUCCCUCCCACUGGAUAUGAAGUUCCAGCAGGAAGCGGUGUAACUGCUGGUACUGAUGCACCGGCUGCUCCCACCACUGUCCCCACGACCACUGCCGCAACUGCCACGGGCAGCCACGGCACGACUGCUGCAGGCAGCCUGGGGACAUUCUCCUCCACCCUUCCGGCAACCAUGACUCCAUCUGAACCUGUGGUUGUAACCUCUGCCAUCACCACUACUAGGCAACCCUACGUCUGCGACAUCACGGUUCCCGAUGCUUACUUAGUCACUGCGGUGCUGGCCCGAAGAGCUGUUCUACAAAAUGUCAGUGAAUCCAUCAAAGAAGUGCUCAGAGUUCAGUUCAGACGAUCAGUAGAGCUAGAGGUUUAUAAAAUUUCCCCCAAGUUUGCUUUCUUGGUGACAUCAGGUCCUUUUGUUUACACGGCAGUAGCUGUCAUAAACGUGCUUGUGAACAGCAGUCUUCUUCGUGGCGAGGCCCCCAUGAUCCUCUCACUGCAUCCUUCUUUCACUGUGCCAGAUAACAGAUUCCAAGUUCAGACAGUGCUUCAGUUUGUGCCUCGGAACGUGGACGUUGGGUUCUGCAACUUUAGCCAGCGCAUUGAGAAAGGACUGACAAUGGCAUUCAUGGAGGUGAGCAAACACCAGGAGUUCUACAACUUCACUGUGCAGAUACUGAAUAUAACUCUGAGUAGGCAUGGGGGAGCGUUUCGGCAAGGCCCCGUGAGCAUUGUUUUUGCUGUCCGAGGUAGAUACGGUUUUCUAAAUGGGUCUGAAGUCAGUGAGCAGCUAAGAAACUUGUCUGUGGUGGAAUUCAGCUUCUACCUGGGCUUUCCUGUGCAGCAAAUUGCUGAACCCUUUCAUUAUCCUAAGCUUAAUGUGUCUCAGUUGAUGAAAUCUUCCUGGGUGAGAACAGUUCUCUUGGGUGUCGUCGACCAGCGAAUUCAGGAGGAAGUGUUUCAGGCUGAGAUGGAGCGGAAACUAGCUCACCUGUUAAACGAGGCGUUGGUCAGAGGUCGGAUAUGGAGACGAGCCAGUUUUGCAGGCAGCAACGUUGUGCAGAUUGUGAACGUGUCACGGUUAGUUGGUGUUGAUAACCCUGUGGAGCUGAUCUAUUUUGUGGAGGACCAAGAUGGAGAGCGACUCAGUGCUCUGAAGUGUUCAGACCUGAUGAACAGAGUUGACAUCCAGCGGGCUGCAAUCAUCCUUGGAUACCGCAUUGAAGGCACUGUUGCACAGCCUGUGGAGAAGCUGAAGGAGUCCACCUCAGAAUCACAGAGUAGCAACCUAUGGAUUAUUGUUGGUGUGGCAGUCCCAGUUGCUGUGGUGCUCCUGAUCGUUAUUAUUUUAUACUGGAAACUUUGUCGAACAGACAAACUGGAGUUUCAGCCAGACACGAUGAGCAACAUUCAGCAGCGACAGAAGCUACAAGCCCCCAGUGUGAAAGGCUUUGAUUUUGCUAAGCAGCAUCUGGGCCAGCACAAUAAAGAUGAUGUCCUCAUUAUCCAUGAGCCAGCUCCUUUACCAGGACCUAUUAAGGAUACUACCCCAUCUGAAAAUGGAGAUGUGCCCAGCCCCAAAUCCAAGACUUCCUCAAAGCCUUCAAAGACUGUUCGACACAGAGGGAGAGUUUCACCAUCAGAUGCUGAGUCCACAGCAAGUGAGCAAUCCAGCGGGAGAGAGACAGGAGAAGAAACUGCAAGACCAUCAACUGUUGCAAAUGAGGGCAAACCACGCAGAGCAGUGAAGAAGGGACCUCCUCAGACCAGCAGUGGAAAUGAGCAGCACUCUUCAGCCUCUAUCUUCGAACACGUGGAUAGGAUGUCACGUUCCUCGGAUGCCAGCAGACGUGUCCCAAGCAAGAUCCAGCUGAUUGCUAUGCAACCAAUGGCAGCACCUCCCGUUCAGAACUCGGUGCUUUCUGAUCGAGUAGCAGAGACCAACAAAAUUAAUAAAGAGAUACAAACAGCCCUGAGGCAUAAAUCUGAGAUUGAGCAUCACCGCAAUAAGAUUCGUCUUCGUGCCAAGCGCAAAGGGCACUAUGAAUUUCCAGUGGUGGAUGAUGUGGUGGUGGUUGACUCCAAAGAACAGCACAGAAUAUAUCGCAAGGCACAGAUGCAGAUUGACAAGAUCUUGGACCCUGGAGGCAGUGUGCCUACUGUCUUCAUAGAGCCCAGGAAGAGUUCUCGUGCAAAACGCUCUCCCAAGCAGCGCCGGCGACACCAGAUAAAUGGUAGUCCAAUUGAUGCAGAAAAGGACAGGUUAAUCACAACUGACAGUGAUGGAACAUACAAGAGGCCUCCAGGAGUCAAUAAUUCUGCAUAUAUUUCUGAUCCAGACUUGCCUCCUGAACCUCAGACAUCAUCUUCAGCUGAUGUGGGGAAGUUCUCUGGCUUGCCUUCUCACCCAGUCUCCCAGUACAUCCCACCGCAGCCAUCCAUUGAAGAGGCUCGGCAAACCAUGCACUCGCUGCUGGAUGAUGCUUUUGCACUGGUGGCUCCUAGCAGCCAAGCAGCCAAUUCCACAGCUGUCACACCACCUGGGGUUUCUGCAGGACAGACGGUAAACAACACUCCUGCUCCAGCAGGGAGGGGAUCCACAUGUACCCAGUGGGGAUCACCUUACGGUCCAACUCAGGCAGUAAACAACCCAUUUAAUAGAUAUGUGGAAUUUGGAAUGACUCCGCCAACAGCAUCAGGUCUCCUACCAAGGCAGAACUUUGGGCCAGGUUUUCUUCAACCUGCAGAGUUAAUACACCCAGACCAGCAGCCACCCGAGGUUCAGUAUUCCUCCAGAGGGAUAUAUUCAGAGGAAAUGCCAUCAGUUGCACGGCCACGACCAGUUGGGAGCACCGCAGGUUCUCAGAUACAGCACCUCACUCAGGUGGGAAUUGCUAGCAGGAUCGGAGGUCAACAAGUGGAGAUCCCCUCAGGCAGAGCAGGGCAUGGCCAGCCGGGGGGGCCAGGGUGGCCCCAGUACCGUGGAGAGGAUGAAUAUGCUAGGCGAGAUGCAACGCAUAUGCAUGGACACCAAGAAUAUUCCUCCUCACCAGUAUUCCAGAUGCCGAGGACUUCAGCCAGGCAGCCUUCGGCACCCCCUGCUCAGCUUCCACACAACAGCCUUCAGGGCCAGGGCCAUUGCUACACCACCAGUUCCACUGAGGACCUCCAGCCAGGUCACUCUUCAGCCUCUCUUAUCAAAGCAAUUAGAGAAGAACUUCUACGACUUUCUCAGAAACAGGCAACAGUGCAGAACUUCCAUAGUUGAUUUAGCAUUCCCUUGCAAAUCUGCCAAGUAUCUGCUUCCUAUGGAAGCAAAGACUUAGAGGAAAUCAGCAAUGUUGUUCUCUCAAAAGAAUGAACUUUCACAGCUCUUGUUGACAGCGCUCUGGAAAAAAUGAAAAAGGCAGCAAAAUGAGGAUAGUAAGGAGAGAUGGGGGACAAACAGGGAAAAUCAUCAGUGUCAUCACAAGUAAUAUUAAUUAAUCUGCUAAUAUUACGGUGCUCCUCUUCUCUCCCUACCAUCGUUCAGCCUGACAAAUAAAUAAAAUCUUAGGUCAAGAAGUCAAUGCUCCAGCAACAAAAAAAUCACAGGAACAAACUCCAAUAUGAUAGACUUCUUUAUCUAAGGAAGUAGGCAAAGGUUUGAAUAAACUGAGUUGACACUUUGCAAGCGAUAACAAGUAUUCUGAUUUCUCCACUGCUUAUGGAGAACUGGUUUAUGUUGUUCUGCAAGAUUACAAACUGUAUCAGCUCAAGAGUGUUGAAGGUGUGGUCCCACGUAAGAGUCACUUUGGUUGUCAGGAUCGAUGGGACUACUUGGAAUAAAAGUCUUUGUGAGCUACUUGUAACAAACUGGAACAAUAAUUGUUAUAGCUCUGUGCUUCCGAAUGGAGCUACCCUCUGCACUCUUCCUUGUUUUCCUUCUGGUGCUGAAGCUUCAAGUGUUCCUUCAUCUUCAAUGUUUGCAAAGUGAAACAUUGGCCUUGUAUAACUAAGAAAAUAUCUGUAGACUGAUUCAGGCUGGAAAAACAAAGCAAAGCAUCCAAACAGAAAGGGCUUGGUAUUUAUUUUGUUUAAAAAUUAUCGAAAACUAGGAGAGGAAUACUCAGCCACAGUUGAAUUUGGGGAAAUGUGUAUGUAUAUCUUUAAAAAAUAUAUCUACAUACUAUAUGCUCUUGCAAAACCAGCGGUAAAAUAUUGCCACUCUGUAGCUUGCUUUGUGGACAGAAACCAAUCCAGCCUGACUAGUACAGGGUCACCAGCAUUAUGUUAUAAAUUGAUGUUCUAAAUCAUUGCUUAUGUUUGGAUCUGAAUAAUUUUAGUGAAAGUCAGUGACAGUUUAGAGCAUUAACAUAGGCUUAGAUUUGCGGUUUUGAGACAGUUUCUAUAUUUAUACUUGUUUCCACUGUCCCUUUGGACAAAGGAUAAGCAUUAUCCCCAUGGUAAGAAUGGUACGUGCCAUGGAACUGUUUGUCGCUGUUUUUUCCAGAGUUUUAAUUUAAUAUUAGCUACGAAUUUACUAAUAUUUGGCCAUUGCAUAACUGUAACUGACAUAAUACAUGCGGAAAUUUUACUUAAGUUGUGAUUUGUUGGAGUGUUUUUAUUUUCUGAUCAGACUGAUCUGAAGCUAACAGACUGGCACAGAGAUACGGGGUAAGCACGGUGUUUGUGAGGAAGCUUGGGAACCUUGCCCUAGAAAAAUGAAAAGCAAAACUAUUUGGUGCUACAGUGUGGGUAUUUCAAACGCUAGCAGAUGGUACUCAUAAAAGGUCUAAGAAACAGUAGUCUGCCAAAGAGGUCUUUGGGGAAUUGAUCAAGGUAGGGCUGUGUUUGCCUCACUCACUGGGGUAGAAAUGGCAUUGGUGACAUACAGGGGUGUAACACUGGCGUGGCAUGGUCUUUGGCUACCACAUGUGUUCCUGGCUCCAGUGCACAGGUCAGUAACUGUCACAGGACUAACUCAGACUGAAAUGAGAACAGGUAGGAGGUUCAUGGAAGAACAUGGAAGUACCUUGUUCAUGAAGUAAGUACAUAAUUUUCAUUGCCAAAGCCAAAACUAGGAAGCAACUGGCUGCUCAGUGAUGUGGAAAAAAGGUGGUAUGUUUCCCCUCUUUAUUGGGAAGCUCAGUUAUUUUUCUUUUUAUUGAUGAUCAUCAA